AUGGCACCCAUCCCAAUAUCUAUUCCCCUCUUCGCCGAAACCCAACUCCAACUCCUACUCCACGAGCACGAAGCCGAAGUCUCAUCUUCAUCCCUGGCAACAACCGCUGCCUCCGUCUCGCCAGCAACCCGACGAACCCUCCAAGCAACCGGAAAUGCCCUAACGGGCCUUAUAUUAUCACAAUGUCGUACCGGUCUGGGAGGUCGCGUGGUGGGUGAGUUCGCGCCCGACCCUGCCAUUGCAUCUUCCGAAUCUACGGAUGGACAGCCUCGUCUUGGGACUCAUGGGAUACGGGUCGGAGAUGUUGUUCGUGUCAACGAUGUGUCUGCGGGAACAAAGAAGGUCGGCAGGGAUAAGCCGAAAGAUGGGGCUGAAGCGAAGGGUCCGGAGGGUGUUGUCACGCGUGUAAGUGAUAAGGCUAUUUGGAUUGCGUUCGGCCAAAGAGGGGGUGGUGCGCGAUCCAAAGAGGAUGAUGAAGCGAUUGAGGAAUUGUGGAGUAAAAAGUUAUGGGUGAUCAAACUUGCCAACGACGUUACGUAUAGACGAAUGAGACAAACUAUGGAGAAGAUGGUUAAGAUGACCGAGGGAGAUCAUUCACAUUUCAUGCGCGUGGCUUUUGGCCAUACUACCCCGUUACAACCGGAUGAGAUUACCGAGCCCAUUGAGUUCCUUGACCCGACUCUUAAUGACUCGCAAAAAGAUGCUAUUCAAUUUGCACUGGGAUCCAAGGAUAUUGCUCUUAUUCACGGACCACCUGGUACGGGAAAGACACAUACCUUGAUCGAGCUGAUCAUGCAAUUCGUGCAACGCAAUAAACGCAUUCUCGUGUGCGGUCCAUCGAAUGUAUCUGUCGAUAACAUUGUGGAGCGAUUGGCUGUGAAGAAAGUCCCGGUAGUUCGCAUCGGGCACCCUGCACGUCUUCUUCCCUCUGUCCUGGAGCAUUCCCUUGAGGUUUUGACGCAGACAUCCGAUGCGGCUAGUAUUGUAAAGGACGUACGCAAGGAGAUGGACGAGAAACAAGCUAGCAUUCGAAAGACCAAAAGUGGCCGGGAAAGACGGGUGAUCUAUGACGAUCUGAAGCACCUUCGGAAAGAGUUCAGAGAACGCGAAUCCAAGUGUGUAGAUAACCUGGUGCGAGAAAGUAGUGUUAUUUUGGCAACUCUUCAUGGCGCCGGCGGCCACCAGCUCAAGAACCAGAAAUUUGAUGUGGUUAUCAUCGACGAGGCCAGUCAAGCGCUCGAGGCACAAUGUUGGAUCUCACUGAUGUCGGCUGAGAAAGUGGUCCUCGCAGGUGAUCAUUUACAGCUGCCACCUACGGUCAAAUCAACCAAUCAAAAACCCAAGGACGGGCCCCAACAAGACGCGCCAGAUGAUAAGGAGCUAUUGAAGGGGUUUUCGCUGGAGCGCACAUUAUUUGACCGCUUGUUAGCAUUACACGGACCCGGUAUCAAACGCAUGUUAACCACACAAUACCGCAUGCACGAGAAGAUCAUGCGAUUUCCUUCGGACGAGUUGUAUGAAUCCAAGUUGAUGGCAGCCGAUUCGGUGAAAGCCCGUCUGCUGGUGGAUUUACCAUACGAGGUACGCGGCACAGACGAUACGCAGGAGCCCCUUGUCUUCUGGGAUACGCAGGGGGGUGAUUUCCCCGAAAAGACCGAAGACGCUGAGAUCAGCAAAAAAGAAACGCUUCUCGGGGAGAGCAAAAGCAACGAGAUGGAGGCCUUGGUAGUUGCCCGACACGUUGAUAACUUGGUGGAUGCAGGUGUGAGACCUGAGGAUAUUGCUGUGAUCACACCUUACAAUGGCCAGCGGGCCCUCCUGUCUCAGAUGCUGCGUGAGAAAUACCCCGGGCUAGAAUUGGGCAGCGUGGAUGGAUUCCAGGGCCGUGAAAAGGAGGCUGUUGUUGUAAGUCUGGUGCGCAGUAAUGAGGAACAUGAGGUGGGAUUUCUCGGGGAGAAGAGACGUCUCAAUGUCGCUAUGACCCGACCAAAGCGACACCUGUGUAUCUGCGGGGACUCGGACACUAUUACUCGAGGAAGCACCUUUUUGAAACACUGGAUGGAUUACUUGGAGGAGAAUGCUGACCUACGAUACCCCGAUGCCGGGGAUCUACUCUGA